UUCGGUCGCCCGCUUCCAAGGAACCCUUAUGUGUAUACUUAAAAAUAGCUCUAUUAUAGUUCCGAGUAUGUGGUAAAAACAAGGGGCUCAACUCACCACCAGCCGAGCUCUCAAAAUUGGAAUGCCAUGGUGAGCAGCCCUCUUGGUCUGCCAAAAAGGGACAGCUUAGUUCAAAACGCCUCCGUUGUCAAUCAUGGAUUUCGUGUCCAGUCUCUUGGAGAAAUUGGACAAUCCGCAGCGGUCCUUGAAUCUCUUGCAUCUGGUCAUUCAAAACUGGAUCGUGUUCCAGCGGAACACGUUCGAUUACUUUGACGAAGAUGGUGAUCCUUACCUCAGCCAGAUCUUCUUCAUUGACGUGUCCACGGGGCGUUACGUCCACCGGGCUCAAGGCCACAAAGUGGAUGUGGGCACCACCCUCGAUGUGAACUUCUUGGAGACCAAACUGACCGAGGCGUUUUAUGGCACCAAAGCCUGUGUGGGAUUUCCUAUCUUAGAUCACGUAGACACCAAUGGAACAUCGAAAUUGGUGGAUUAUCCUUGCAAAAGACAAGUGUCCACUAGUUGCCAGUAUUUUUUCCAGAACCCCGCUUUCAAACUUGAAGCAGGGGACAGUCGAGAGCAAUGUUUGUCGGCCUGUCCGCCUUGUUUGACCGCUUGGCAGGAGAUUACCAGUAAUCCAACUCAACCAGUCCAAGAAUCUUCCCAAGGUGGACAAGUGGAGUCGGUGAAAAAUGAAGAGGUGGAUGAGGAUCCUGGCUAUUUUCUGGACUUGGAUGCGGCUAGCUUGCUCAAAGAGUCCGAUGAUGAGUCUCUCCUUCCGUCAGAUGAUGAUAUUUGGGAGCCCAAGAGUCCCGAGACGACGUCCCUCGCAACUGAUAUCAAGCAACGACCCGCCGCCAAAAGAAGAAGAAAACGGCAUCGCGAAAUCAAAGAGGAAUCGGAUGAGUUACCCGAAGACGGCAAGACCUUCAAGUGCAAGCAUUGUCCGGAGGUGUUCACCUCUCGGCAAGCCCAUGUGAGUCAUAUGAGAAAGCGAAAGAAGGUGAAGCGAAGUAAACGUCAAGUGGGUUGUCCGGAGUGCAAAGAUGCCAAAGACAUUUACACGUUCAAGCAAUUGGUUGAACACGCCAUGGUCAAGCAUCCCGAGAGUGUGUAUGAGUACGAGAAGUAUCUUCAAAAUCCCGAAGAAGAGCGGAGGAUGCUCGAGCCGAUGACGUGUUUCAAAUGCGACGGCAUUGCCAACGGCAGUUUGAUGGUCUUCCGACAUAAAGAGAUUUACCACGAUCUGGGUGAUUACAGAUGCGACGAGUGUCAAGAACCGUGUCUCACUUUCUACGAUCUAAUGAUUCACAACUUCAAGUGCCAUUCGAAGCCCACGGAGCACAUACAACCCAAUGCCGCCGGAUUGGACACCGUCAUCCACAUGGACGGCAAGGUUGAAGUGAAACGAACCAAAGUGAUGUGUCCGCUAUGCCUCACUGUUUACAAACGCGAUUGCGGCUUGUUCAACCAUUUACGGACUAAGCACGAAUGGGGCAGGUUUUCAUGCGAGGCCUGUGAGGAGACGUGCCAUUAUUCCAAAGACAUCUCGUCUCACAUGAUCAACUUCCAUGGCCACGAUCCUGAAGUCAAGUGUCCCAAUUGCAACAAAAUGUUCAGUUUGAAAUUUGAUCCCGAUAACUUCCGCAACCAUUACAAAGAGUGCCGUGUGUACGAUUACCAAAAGAGAGCAAUACGGUCCAAGCAGAAAUCCGGCCCCUUGCAAUGCCAUUACUGUGGGAAAAAAUACUCAGUUAAACAAACCUUGGAUGCCCACAUCAAGAUGCAUCAGGGGAUCAUACGCUAUCGUUGCAGUUAUUGUGAUUAUGGCUCCAACCACAAAGCCGUGGUCCUAGAUCACGAAAAGACUCAUCUUCGGAAACGGGGGCUAACCAAUGAGGACACAGGAGUGGUUCUGAGCUAUCAGUGCGAUCAAUGUGGGAAGCAAUUUGCUCAAAGGAAUAGUGUGGCCCGACAUGUCAAGGUAGCCCAUCAAGGUAUUCGCCCAAGCUAUCCAUGUAAGGAUUGUGGGGAAAUAUUCAAACACACCGUGGCUUUGUACAACCACAAGAAGGAGAAACACGGUUUUGUGUCUACGCCCGUAAAUAGAGGCAGUCGAGCGGUUGUGGAUGAUCCCAUGGCUGGAUUGAAUUUGUAAAGGUGACGACAAGUUCUUACAUCAUCGGUCCUUCCCCAAAUGGAGGCCCAGUACAAAUAUGUAAUUCAAAAACGGAGUUAGUUCGCAAAAUGACAGAAGGAUGCCUCUUCGUCACAGUAUUUUAGAAUUCAGCUUGCAUUCGAGUUAACUUCCGAUUUCGUUUCAUUUAAACUUUUUUCUAGAGAUUAUUGUAAACAAUACCGUCUUGCUGGAUGAUGCAAUUAAUUGAAGCAACAUCACAUCAGAUUUAGGCCUUGGAACAAUGUCCAUAACAUUGAUCUCUUCCUUCUGGUUUGAUGUGGAUAUGAAUUAUGUGAAAUACAUUUUCGGAGACAAAUGUUGA